AUAAGAAAUAUUUUUUUUUACCCUCAUUGGUUAAGAGACAAACAGCUCGCAAACCCUAAGUACUCUCUCUCUCUCGAACCUUCUCCGAUCUCCGUCUCUUACACUUCUGGGUCUCGGCGAAUCAAAUUCGGGCGGGAAAUCGGAUACCAAGAUCAAAUCCAUCUUCCCCUUUUCGCUAAUUAGGGUUUCUGCACCUAUACGCGAGUGUGGGCUUACAUGCCGUGACUAGAGCUGUGGAAUGAGAUCUGGCCUUUGAAACGUGUCGGCCCUUGGCGCGUCAACGGUUGCUUGAUCUCUUCCUUUUGUUGGUUGUAAACUGAGGUUUGAUCAUGUUAAAGCAUUUUGAUCAUCAAUAACAAGAUGGAACCCGAAAGCUUGAAAUUUGGAGGUCCAAGAGAAUUGGGUGGUGCCACAGAUCUUAUUAGUCAAUACAAGCUAUUGCAUCACCAUGAAUAUUUUUGCAAGAGAACACUUCCUGUGUCGCUUUCAGAUUCUCAUUAUCUUCACAAUGUGGUGGGAGACACAGAGAUAAGAAGAGGAGAAGGGAUGCAAUUAGAUCAGCUUGUUCAGAACCCUUCACAAAGCCGAGAUACUAAUGCUCGUAUCCAACCUUUUGAGUUAGAUGAGCUCCAGGAGGCUUUUCAGCUACAUGAUACUACUCCUGUUGAAUUGCCUCCUGGAGAGAAGGGAGCCCCUACGAUUGCGUCAAAAUCAAAGACUGAUUCCAGAGAUAAGGAGAGGAAACAUAGAAAACACAAGGACAGAGAUAAGGAUAAAGACAGAGAACAUAAGAAGCAUAAGCACAAGCAUAAAGAUAAGAGCAAAGAUAAGGACCGAGACAGGAAGAAGGACAAAAGUGGGAACCAUGAUUCUGGUGAUCACUCUAAGAAACACCGUGAAAAGAAAAGAAAACACGAUGGAGAUGAAGAUCUCAAUGAUGUUCACAGACACAAGAAAAGUAAGCACAAGAGUUCAAAGCUUGACGAGAUGGGUGCGAUAAAGGUUGCAGGUUGAAAUGGGAGGCUUGGCAGCACAGCAGGGUAUCAUUUUGUUCUCUACUCUCCGAUGGAUGCCGUGGAUAAUUUAGAAGCAGUUUUUAACUCACCGUAGACAAUUUUAUUAGGUAAGCAUCAAUUUCUUAUCUCAUGCCUUUUAUCUUUUUGAAUUCCGCCCUCUAUCACAAGAUAGAGACAUGUUCCAUGUUCAUGGGUCCUGCUUCUUGCUGCAUGUGUCGCUACCAUAACACGUACUUUGCAUAGUGAUUGUGUCAAUAACUUGUUCAAGAAAAUGGGUUGUCAUGACAAAACUUGGGUACAUAUCCCCGGAAAUCAACUAUUUCUUAUCUGAAAUUUUCACAUUUCUCCCCCCUUUGCACCUUCCAAUGCAGGAAGUGAAGGCCACCUAUUGUUUUAAGUGUUGAAAAGCCAAGUAACAUACUGUAGGAUUAUAAAAAAAAGCAUCCUAAGUACAUUUGAUGAUGUUGUAGUGAGGCUGUUAUCUUGAUGUUUGCUCAUCAGCAAUAGAAACACCCUCAAGGAUUUCAUUCAUAGUCUUGUCAUUUGCAAAUAUCUCUCUAAGGAUUGGAUCUGUUUCUGAUAUGGGUGAGAUGAGAUCUUGUCAUUUACUUCUGUUAAGACUUUGCAUGAUCAGGAUUUGGAUUUAUAGUCAUGGAUCAUAAAUAUAUGUUUUUUUUUUAAAUGUUAUGAUUUCUGGUUGUGUGGUGUGUUUUUUUUUGUAGGUUAAUCACUAAAACGUUCACCCAAGCUGGGCUCCUGAAGAAAAGGAAAAAUUUUGUGUGAAAGGAGGUUUUGUAUCAUAGUUGAUUGGAUGCCAUCAUCAUCAUUGUACAUUUUUAUUCUUUUGGUUUGGGGGCAACUUUUCUUUUUCCUUCUUUAUCUUGUCUAUAACUAGUACUCACCAAGGACAAGGAGAGUGUCAUGUAAAAUAAAUUUAUAACUUCAUAUCUGAACUUGCUAUGCUGAUU